UAGGUAGAUCCCUGCUAACCUUCAGCACUAUCUGCUGAUGACAGAGGGAUUGCUGGGAUUCUGCCCUCUGACUACUCCUCAGGGCUCUCCCUCUUGCAGUCCACUCAUCCUACUAACAGGGGGAUUAUUACAUUUUUUUUUUAUCCUGCAUUUGAAUGUGUUCACAUAUUUUUACCCAAAUCUGUGCAUCACCUGGUGGUUGCUCCAUAAGAGCAGCGUUGGAGCUCCAUUAAGCAGAGGAGGGAGAGGGUAAGGAAUAUCUGUAAGAAGAAGAGAAACUAGAAACAAUGGGUGUACAACAAGCAGACGUGGAGAAGUUCCUCCAGGACAAUCCUGCAUUUGCUACAAAGUAUUUUGCCAAAACAAUUAGCCCUUCUUCAAUAUCAAAGAUAUCAGGACUCCCAGAGAAAGAAGUUGACUUUGGAAAGCUAGAGGAGCUUUGCCGGAUUGAAGAAAGCCGAAUAAUGUUUGACCUGAUCAAAGACAUGCAAGAGAGCAUCAACAUGGAAAAAGUAAUCUUCAAGAUCCUGAAGCGACUUGGAGCUCUCAUUCAAGCUGACCGCUGCAGCCUCUUCAUGUACCGGCAGCGGAACGGCAUUGGAGAGCUUGCAACGAGGCUCUUUAACGUCUCAACAAGUUCAGUCCUGGAGGACUGUGUGGUGCCCCCAGAUUCAGAGAUCGUCUAUCCUCUUGACCUGGGAAUAGUUGGCAACGUAGCCCUCACCAAGAAGAACGUCAAUGUAAAAGAUGUCAAACAGAGCCAGCACUUCAGCUCAUUUGUUGAUGAACUAACAGAAUAUGAGACCAGGUGCGUGCUGGCAGCGCCCAUUCUCAAUGGCAAAGACUUGGUGGGAGUGAUUAUGGCAGUGAACAAGACCACAGGACCACAUUUCACUGCUCAGGAUGAAGAUCUCUUCUUGAAGUACCUGAAAAUUGCUUCUCUGAACCUUAAGAUCUUUCACCUAAGUUACCUCCACAACUGUGAGACACGUAAAGGACAGCUGCUGCUGUGGUCUGCCAACAAGGUGUUUGAAGAGCUGACUGACAUUGAGCGACAGUUUCACAAAGCCUUGUACACAGUCAGAGCCUAUCUUAACUGUGACCGUUAUUCUGUGGGCUUACUAGACAUGACAAAGGAAAAGGAAUUCUUUGACAUCUGGCCGGUGUUGAUGGGAGAGCAGGCCCCGUACAGCGGCCCUGUAACUCCUGAUGGAAGGGAGGUAAUUUUCUACAAAGUGAUCGACUACAUCCUGCAUGGAAAAGAAGACAUCAAAGUUAUUCCAACGCCACCUGCAGACCACUGGGCCUUGAGCAGCGGCCUUCCUACUUAUGUUGCUGAGAGUGGAUUUAUUUGCAACAUCAUGAAUGCAGCUGCUGAUGAGACCUUUCAAUUCCAGAAAGAAGCCUUGGACAGCAGUGGCUGGACCAUAAAGAAUGUUCUCUCGCUUCCUAUUGUUAACAAGAAAGAAGAAAUAGUUGGUGUGGCAACCUUUUAUAACAGGAAGGAUGGAAAGCCUUUUGAUGAUCACGAUGAAAAUCUAAUGGAGGCUUUGACUCAGUUCCUGGGAUGGUCAGUCCUGAUAUCAGAUACGUAUGAUAAGAUGAACAGGCUUGAGAACCGGAAGGACAUCGCUCAGGACAUGGUGCUCUACCAUGUCAAAUGUCGAAAUGAUGAGAUCCAGAAUGUCCUGAACACAAGAGAGCUCUACAACUGCGAACCCUGGGAGUGUGAAGAAGAGGAUCUUUUAGAGAUUCUGAAAAAAGAUCUCCCUCCUCUUAUCAAGAAAUAUGAGAUCUACGAGUUCCGCUUCUCGGAUUUUAACUGCACAGAACUGGAUCUGGUGAAGUGCGGGAUUCAGAUGUACUAUGAAGUCGGCGUGGUGAAGAAGUUCCAGAUCCCUCAAGAAGUGCUGGUUCGUUUCAUGUAUUCAGUCAGUAAAGGCUACAGAAAAAUCACCUACCACAACUGGCGUCACGGCUUCAACGUGGGACAGACCAUGUUCACAUUGUUAACGACAGGACAUCUGAAGCGAUACUACACAGAUCUAGAAGUUAUGGCUAUGAUCACAGCAGGAUUUCUGCAUGAUAUUGACCACCGGGGAACAAACAACUUGUACCAGGUCAAAUCUGGUAACCCUCUGGCCAAAUUACACGGCUCCUCCAUCCUGGAACGACACCAUCUAGAGUUUGGAAAGUUCCUUCUCUCUGAUGAGUCACUGAAUAUCUACCAGAACCUGAACAGGCGGCAGGUUGAUCAUGUGAUCCAUCUUACCGAUAUUGCUAUCAUCGCCACUGACCUGGCUCUUUAUUUCAAGAAGCGAACAAUGUUCCAAAAGAUCGUGGACCUUUCAAAAACCUAUGAAGAUGAGAAGAAAUGGGUGGACUUCAUGUCUCUAGAAACAACCAGAAAAGAGAUUGUCAUGGCCAUGAUGAUGACAGCAUGUGACUUGUCUGCCAUCACAAAGCCCUGGGAAGUACAAAGCAAGGUUGCAUUGUCUGUGGCUGCAGAGUUCUGGGAACAAGGUGAUUUGGAGAGGACAGUGUUGGAACAGCAACCAAUUCCAAUGAUGGACAGAAAUAAAGCAGCAGACCUUCCAAAGCUCCAGUGUGGUUUCAUUGACUUUGUCUGCACGUUUGUCUACAAGGAGUUUUCUCGCUUCCAUCCACAAAUCACACCCAUGCUUGAUGGCAUCCUUAACAACAGGAAAGAAUGGAACGCAAAGAAAGAGGAAUAUGAGGCUAAACUUAAAGCCAUAGAGGAAGAGAACGCUGCAAAAGAAGCUGCUAAGGCAGCAAAAGGUGCUGCAAACAACCCCAGCGAUGGAGGCUCCAAGACUUGCUCCAUUUGCUAAAAGACACUGAAGAUGGGAAAUCCAGAAUCAUGUGAAAACUACAGGAAACAUGUAUCAGAUUCACUGGCAAGCAAAAAAGUUAUAAAAUCAGGAACUUGAAAAUGCUUUUAUAAACCCAUAAAUACUUCUUCAUAGAGAAAACUCUGCUCUUCUAUACCAGGACAAGGACACCAGGACAGCACCGAGGUCCUGGAGAUAAUCUUGUAUUUAAAUAGAAUGUUUAAUUUGUUUUUUCAUUUAAAUCAUUUUGUUCCAAAAAGAUCAGUUACCUUUUAAGAAUUAUUACUAGGUUCUUAUAGUGCUCCUGUUCUGAGCCUUGUUUCUUCUGUACAAAUAAUAUUUUGUAUGUUUUGUUUUUUGUUUCAUUCUAGCAGGUGUCACAAAACCAUUGUAAAUACUUCACAUAGCAAAUAGUACACCUGCUCCAUAAGUAUUGUAAUACACAAAAAGAAAACGUAGUUCUGUUAGAUUUUUAUGGACAAGUCUAGACUUUAACAAGGUCAAACUGAAAGUAGAACAUUGACCACAUAGUUUUUUUAAUGGUCACUCCUUCCAGUCAAUAUUUACAAAUGAGAGUCUGUUUACCUUGACUCCAGAGAUCUAUAUCUACAUUGUGCUAGAAUUAGUGAGGCAAAGCAACAGGUUAUUUCUGUGCAAUAGAUGUGUGAGAGUGCAAUCAGUGAAGUCUGUAGUUGCUUCUCUGUGAUGCCUUUUUAAUGUACAUACUGAGUCUGUGUGUAUGCGUGUGUGUGGGAAAGAGCAUGGCCAAGACAACAUUUUAUAAAGUACAUGAAAUGUUAAGAUGGUUUUAAAUUGCUUUAAAAUAAGUCAGUAUAUUAAGCUCAGUGAUGGAGAUGAGUGGUGACCAAAUGCUACAUCUUCAAGAGAAUGAAGAAGUUUAUGCAACUAAAUGAAGAAAUUGACACGUCCUAAAGAAAUGCAGAGAACGUGUAAACUAUAAGAGAUAAGGUCCAGGACCUGAACCCAGGACUGUGGUGCUGCGGGGCAGCAGUGCUUAACAUUUUGACUCCUGGGAAACAAAAAGGUUUUAACCAACUAAAAGGAGCAGCCUGGCUUUAACAACAUGUACAUACUGCUUAUCUUGUAAAUAUAUAAAUUCAAAAAUAUUUUUCAAGGUUAAAUAGCAAUGCUUAUUUUUAUUAGAGAUCUGCAGAGGAGCUAUCUGAUAAAUACGCAGCUCUCUCUGAACCACGAGUGCAUCAUUCUAGCCUAAAUUACACUUUUUAGUAGAAAUUGAGGCUUGGAUGUAUAAAAAUAAAUAUAUUAGGUAAUAUCUGAACCUGUAUGUUGAUACAGCUGUUAUAUAUGUAAUGCAGUUAUUUUGUUUUGCAGCCAGAGUUAAAGCUUGCCUCAUUGCCUGUUCCUUGUCUACAAUGACGGCCCAAAUAAAGCAGAUGUAUUUUUAAAG